AUGAUGUGCAACAAAUUCUUGUACGAAAUAAUUUAUUCCCUAUUUUAUUGGAUUUCUUGGAAUUCUCAAAUCCCCCACUCAAUUGUGAACAACGUAUAAUUAAGAGUUAUGGUGAAUGUAAAGCUGCCGUAUUGAAAGUUAUUGUUUCUGCAACAAUGAGUGACAGCAAUAUGGAUCCAUUGUUUAAUGAUGCCACUUUAUUGAAUCGAUUCCUUCAUUGGUUGAAUUUGAGCACAGAUCGCGAUGAUUUACAAAUGUGUUCUGCAUUAUCUUUGGGAAAUCUUGCAAGAACUGAUAAACAUUGUAUACAAUUGGUUCAUGAAUUCAAGAUUGGUGAACCACUUGCGGACGUUCUAAAAACUUCAAGUAACAUUAAAGUACAGCAUGCUAUUAUAAGUGUGCUCAAGAAUAUUUCACUACCAGUUGAAAAUAAGGCAAUAAUCGGAUCCUUGGGAAUUAUUGGAAUGUCUUCGCCCCUAUUAGAGAAAGACACCGUUCAACCUGUUCAGUUAGGGGUUAUUGGAAUUCUAAAGCAUUUAUCAUCUCAUAAUC